AUGGGGGACGGGAAGGGGGAGAGGGUGGGAGAGCCCCGCGGCCCUAAGGAAGGGGGGAAAGGGGGUGGGAGGGGCGGAAAAGGCUGGGCGAGGGGGGGAGGGCGGCUUGCGAAAGGAGGGGGCAGGAGAGAUGGGGUAGGGCGUUCUAAGGAGGAGAGGGGAGGGGGUGGCGGCGGAGAUGGGCUUGGGAAGGGUGGUGGGAGGGAGCUGGGAAGGGGCGAGGGAGGCUGGGAAGGGGGUCGAGGGGAGGCAAUAGCCGAGAUCGGAGAGGGAGAGAGAGAGAGGGACAGGAGGAGAGAUGUGAGAGGAGUGUUGCUUGGUGGGUUUCAUUGGCGAGAUUAUUUGCCAUGGCUUGCUUGGAUUAGUAAGCUUAGUGGGUUGGAUACCAGAGUUAGGGAAACACAUGAGAAGGGUGAUGAGUUUUUGGAGAGUGUUAUUGAAAGGACAAGUUCAAAUUUUGAUGGGGAAGGAGAAGAUGGAUGUGAUCAUUCGUUUGUUGAUGUCCUGCUCUCUCUUGAAAAGGAACUCAAAGGAAGCAUUUCUUUUGAUAAGCGGAGUAUCAAAGCAAUACUAAUGGAUAUGUUUGGUGCCGGUACGGACUCAACAUACAUAUCAAUAGAAUGGGUAAUGGCAGAACUUGUUCGAAAUCCAAAUGUCAUGAUCAAACUAAAACAGGAGAUAAAACACAUAGCAGGUGCAAAAUCCAAAGUUACAGAAGAAAACUUAGCCGAAAUGCCUUACUUAAAAGCAAUAAUCAAGGAAACUUUCAGACUUCACCCCCCUGCGCCAAUUUUACUCCCAAGAGAAUCAAUGCAAGAUACAAUGAUCCAAGGGUACAACAUUCCAAAACACACAAGAGUUCUUGUCAACGUAUGGGCAAUUGGAAGGGAUCCUCGCAUUUGGAGUGACGCAGAAAAGUUCAUGCCAGAGAGAUUUAUGGACAGCGAGGUCGAUUUCAAGGGGCAAGAUUAUGAACUGAUCCCUUUCGGAGCGGGUCGAAGGAUUUGUCCCGGGAUCCAAUUAGCCAACGUUAUAAUUGAGCUCGCGGUUGCGAAUAUUAUGCGCUGUUUUGACUGGAGACUGCCUGAAGGUUUGAGGGAAGAGGAGAUGGAUAUGGCUGAAGCUCCAGGAAUUGCGAGUAGAAAAAAGAUCAAUUUAAAUCUUGUUGCAAUCCCUUGCUGAUGUUAAAUAAUUUUGGAUUGAAUGUAUGUUCUUUUCCGUAGGUAACUAAUGUGAGAACAUCUUAUUUGGUGGAUUCUGAUCGGACAUGCAUGUAUUUGAUGUCAAUUUGCUUUAUACCAUUUCUCUCAAAAAUUUUGCUUUA